UACUGAUACAACAAAGAGUCUGAGAAAUGAAGGUAGACAAUAAUGGCGCGGUUCAUGAUUCUCUCCAUUUACUAUUAUUAUGAUCCUCUCUCUUGCUAUACCUAUGGUCCACUAGUCCCCAUUUGCUUUUUCAGUUUCUUUUUCUUGUCUCUUUUGCCUUUCCCCUUCUCUUUUUCCUUUCACACACCACACUCUCCAAACCCACUGUUUCAGUUUCUGCUAACACCUCUCCUUUCUCCGUGUGCCCCCAUUUCUCCAAUCUCAAUAAUGUUUUAGGGUUUUCCCUCCUUUCUCAGAGCUUGCAUUUCCCAGGAUCAAUGGCAAAGCUCCAUUUUGCGUUCAGUUUCUCACUUUUGUUUCUACUCAGCAAUGCCUCAGCUGCACCAUCCACCACUUUACCCGCCAAGAUUGUUAGUGGGUUUCUCUCAAAUGCCGUUCCUGCGUUCACCAAAUGGGUCUGGUCACUCAAAGCACCCACCAAAACCGCGAUUGGUGCGAAGUCGAUGAUGAAGUUCGAGAGUGGGUACACUGUGGAAACUGUGUUUGAUGGAAGCAAGCUUGGAAUUGAGCCUUAUGCAGUUGAGGUGUUGGCCAAUGGGGAGCUUCUUAUUCUGGAUUCGGCUAAUAGUAACAUUUAUAGGAUUUCGUCCUCGCUUUCUUUGAAUACCAGACCAAAGCUGGUGGCAGGAUCUGCUGAAGGAUAUUCUGGACAUGUUGAUGGAAGGCUUAGGGAGGCCAGGAUGAAUCACCCAAAGGGGAUAGCGGUUGAUAACCGAGGAAAUAUCUAUAUUGCAGAUAUAAUGAAUAUGGCAAUUAGGAAAAUUAGUGAUUCAGGGGUCACAACAAUUGCUGGCGGAAAAUGGAGCCGGGGAGGGGGCCAUAUUGAUGGUCCAAGUGAAGAAGCUAAAUUUUCUAAUGAUUUUGAUGUGGUUUAUAUUGGAAGUAGUUGUUCCCUACUUGUCAUAGACAGGGGGAACCAAGCCAUCAGGGAGAUCCAACUACACUUUGAUGAUUGUGCUUAUCAAUACGAAAAUGGACUUACACUUGGAAUUGCAAUGCUUGUUGGGGCUGGCUUCUUUGGCUAUAUGCUUGCAUUAUUACAGCAUAGACUUGGUACAAUUGUAGCAUCUCAGGAUCUUGAGGGUGCAGCAAUGUCUGGCAUUUCACCAAGUCCAUAUCAAAAGCCCUUGAAGUCUGUCAGGCCUCCUUUAAUUCCAUCAGAAGAUGAGUCGGAUAAGCAAGAAGAAAGUUUCAUUCGAUCCAUUGGGAAGCUUCUUACCAAUGCUGGGGCAUCAGUUGUGGAAAUAAUGGGAGCGUUAUUUCCUGGUUUCAGAAAAAAACCACAGAGCUAUGAAUUUCAAAGCCAACCGCUUUUCCAGCAACCUCAAAAGCAAGUAAAUGCUUGGCCUGUGCAAGAAAGUUUUGUGAUUCCAGAUGAAGAUGAGCCUCCUUCAAUUGACCCUAGAUCCCCAACACCACGGAAAACGUAUGCUUUCAUGUCCCAGGAUGCAGAAAAGAUGCCACAACUUUGGCAAAGUCAUGCAUUCUAUAGUGGAUGGGGCGGAGAUCUUCAGCAGCAGCAACAACUAAAACUUCAGCAGCAGCAACAGCAACAACAACUAAAACAUCAUCGCCAUCUAUAUCAUUCAUCAGUCCCUCACACUUACUAUGAGCAAAGCCAUGAGGAAAUCAAUGAGAUAGUAUUUGGGGCAGUGCAAGAGCAGGAAGGGAAGAAGGAAACUGUAGUUAUCAAGCCUGUGGAUUAUGGUCAAUCUCUCUAUGAUCAUCACUAUAUUCGACCUCGAAACAGUUCUAUGGGUCAUAUCAACAAGUACUAAGUAUAUACAACCACAAAGACUAGGAGUAAUGAAUCCCCAAUCCAGCUUUAAUUAGAGAUGGGAGGAUGAAAUUAAGUACAGGAAGUAUAAUUAAUAUUUUCCUUUUAACAGUGAGAUCCUUAUAAGGAGAAGCUGAUCAUCAGAAUAUUAGUUGUUCAAUCAGUUUUGCCAGAUUGUAGGUCGCUCUGGCCACAUUUGAGGGUAAGAUAAAAAAUUUUUGGCAUGCUGUUUCUUCUUGUGAUGAUUUUUAAUGUACAGCAGAAGUUCUCUGCCAUAAGAUAUAUUACAUAUAUUCUCCGCUCUUUUUGUCCUUGUUCCACUGAAAAGUUCUGACACGUUAUGAGUAUUUCUUCUUCUAGAAGUAUAAA